GGCCGCGUUUCCGUACAUAUGCGCUGGACGAGCCUGGAUUCUAAUGUCAGGGUUCACUUUAUCUUUUGGAUCUAUGUUCUCAAAAACCUGGAGAGUUCAUUCCAUCUUUACUAAUGUUCAACUCAACAAAAAGGUGAUGAAGGACUCCCAGCUGUUCCUGGUGGUUGGUAUUCUCCUCACCAUGGAUAUUAUCAUCAUGACCACCUGGCAGGUCUUCGAUCCGUUCUUUAGGAAAACCGAGGACCUUAGACCUUAUAGCCCACAUGGAGAUGUAGAUGUUCUAAUAAUCCCUCUGAACGAGUAUUGCAAGAGCAACUAUAUGCAUAUAUUUGUCGGGAUAAUCUACGCCUACAAAGGACUACUUAUGGUAUUUGGCGCAUUCUUGGCCUGGGAGACAAGGAACGUACAGAUCCCUGCCUUGAACGACAGCAAGUAUGUUGGUAUGUCUGUGUACAACGUUGUGAUAAUGUGUGUACUGGGAGUAGCUGUGAGCUAUGUAUUGAACGAGGACCAGAACGCCAGUUUUAUCAUUAUCUCCGUCUUCAUCAUAUUCUGUACUACAGGCACUCUCUGUCUGGUUUUUGUGCCAAAGGUGAGAUAUUUCAGAUAUUUCAGAUGUACACAGUACACGUACAAUUUCGUAGAAAAUUGCGGAAUUUCAGGAAGACGACAUUAAGACAAUUUUGAUGCU